UCCACGCCGCCGCCGAAUCGCAAACUCGCAAUGCGCAGCUACAGAGGAAGCUAGGGUUUGGAGAUCCACCAAAUCCCUUGCCCGGUCUCGGUUCCCCUUCUUCCUCGGCACCGGCCGGCGCCGGCCCCCUCGUCAACGACCUUCUCCGGCGGCCGGUCGCUUUCGGCGGCAUGGAUUGCCCCAAGCGGAGCGCGCCGGCUGGCCUCCCCUACGACGCCAUCGUGGAGACCCUCGCGCGUCUCCCCUCCAGGUCCGUCUACCGAUUCAAGUGCGUCGCCAAGGCCUGGCGCGACCUCAUCGAGGACCCCCUCAACCGCAAGAAGCUCCCCCAAACACUGGAAGGGUUCUUCUUCAUAGACAAGCCGGAUGGCGUCGCCAGCGUCGUGAAACAUGUCGAUUUCAUCAACCUUUUGCCGAGAUCCGUGCCUCUCGACAUCGACCCUCGCUUCUCUUUCCUGACGAAGCGGCCCGAGAUUGAGAACCUUGUAUUCUCGGAUUCCUGCAAUGGGCUCCUCCUUUUCGAUCAUGUUCGGAAGUCGAACUCACUUGACGUAUUGGGUUACAUAGUGUGCAACCCGGCCACAAAGCAGUGGGAGACUCUGCCCACCUGCAGCUGCUGUCUACCACUAACAGAUUGUUCAGAUUGGUAUACCUUUUUGGCUUUCGAUCCAGCUGUCUCCUCUCAUUUUCACUUGAUUCACUUCCAGUUUGGGGGGGGUUAUUAUGAGGAGGCAGAAGCAUUGGACGGUCAGAUGUUUGUGUAUUCACGGCCGGUGUUUCAAAUGUGUUCAUACUCGUCUGAGGCUGGGACGUGGAGUCAGAGCUGAAUCAAAUCGAAAGAACAAUUACAAUUAGAAUUAUGGCACUAUCAGUUCAGCAAAAUCAGCUGGCAUGCCUUUUUCAAUGGCAUCCUACAUUUGAUGAUACUUUCUGGUGUUGAACAUGAUCGGAUAGUUGCUCUGGAUGUACAAGGAAAUGCUCAAAGGAUAAUCACAAUACCAGCUGCUGCAGAGGGGAGGCGUGGGGAAUAUAAUGGUUAUAUGGGUCAUUCCCAAGGGCGUCUGCAUUACAUCAACAAAGAAUUUAAUUCUCAUGGCUGUAAUCAGAGCUACGUACUGUCUAUCUGGGUCCUUCAGGAUUAUGAUAGACAAGAAUGGCUGUUGAAGGACACUGUGAGCUUUCUGAAGCUCUCUGGAAAAAAGAGUUGCACAGGCAGCAUGUCGGACUUCUCCGUUGUGGCCAUUCAUCAAGAUUGCAAUGUGGUUUUCAUUCUUCAAUCCCUGAAUCGACUAAUAGCAUAUGACAUGAACCGCAAGGAAGUGAGUGUUAUUGCCACUUUUGAACACGAAUCUCGCGGUGCGAGAAUUGCUCCUUAUAUCCCCUAUUUCUCGGAGUCACCGGCGCUUGCAAAUAAGCUCUGAAAGUGUAUGCUCUAACCAUGGAGCAGCUAGCAACUUGGUUAGGUGGCGGUGAACUUAGGUGGAACGUUCUGUCUCUGCUUGGAUGUAUUCCUCUUAUGCUUUUGGUCUAAUUAAUACAGCAAGCCUGUUUUCGUCUUGGUGUGGUUUGUGUUGAUGUUAGAUGCUUCAAAGGCUACCUUUUGUUUCCAAAUGAUAAUUGUCUUCUUGAAGCCUUCGUUUCUUGUGGACGCUCUUGCAAACAAUUAUAAACUAUGAAAUCUCUUUC